ACAGUAACCAUGCCUGAGCAGGUGAAAGCAGGGAAGAAGGGCUCCAAGAAAGCCGUGAUGAAGUCCGCCGCCAAAGGGGGCAAGAAGAAGAAGCGGGCUAGGAAGCAGAGCUAUGCCAUCUACGUGUACAAGGUUCUGAAGCAGGUCCACCCGGACACCGGCAUCUCCUCCAAGGCCAUGAGCAUCAUGAACUCGUUCGUCAACGACAUCUUCGAGCGCAUCGCUGGAGAGGCUUCUCGCUUGGCGAUGUACAACAAGCGCUCCACCAUCAGCUCCAGGGAGAUCCAGACGUCUGUCCGCCUGCUGCUCCCCGGUGAGCUGGCCAAGCACGCCGUGUCCGAGGGAACCAAGGCCGUCACCAAGUACACCAGCUCCAAGUAAAUCGGUCCAACCGCAAACCAAACGGUCCUUUUCAGGGCCACCCACACACGUGAAGAGUUCAG